CAACUAUGGCAGAGACUUGCUUGACACGGUUGUGUAAUACCGAAUGGUCUGCCAGCUGCCUUCUCAUACACUGUUUCUCAGGAGGAAGAUGUUGGGAGCAACAGCUGCUCCUCAUCCAAACAGCUCUCUACUCAGCUUCAGAAUCCUUAAGAAUCCUUACUUUCCAACGGACCAGGAAUGCCUGACGACCAAGAGUUGCAAUGAUUUUGAGGCUAAGCUCAUUAAGCAGUUCAUCAAUGAGCUGAAGAGCAAAAAGGCAUUGACGGAGAGCCAGAAUACACCUGUCUCGUCUGUGGAUAACCAUAACAGAGAAGAGUGAGACCAGAGGGGAAAGCUUCAGAGUUAGUCGUUCAAUUUGCCAGAGAUAAGAUUAAUUUUCCACUGCUACAAUAAUCUUUGCACUAUCACUAGCUGCUAACACUCAACAUUAAUGAGGAGAAUAACGAAGAAGCUUGAUAUCAUUGUGCUCAGCAGAACUGAAGUAUGGAAGAAAUGUUAAUGAAAUGAGGAGAUGAAUUGCUUGAUGUCAAAUGCACUUAUUUUUCUCACCACUUUAUUUUUCUGACUUGUUUUUCUAAUACAUGUUUCUGUAGCAACAUUACUUUGUGUGUCAAUAUUUCUCUAACAACCAGCACCUCCGGUUUAAGUGUCAGAGCGGGUGGAUUCGUUGUAUACAUAUUCACUUCUACUUUAUUUCUUAUCUGAUGUGCUUCAAAUUCAAAUAAAAAAUGCAGUUGUUAAAUGGUCAGACUACUGCAAUCUCAAAGGAUAUUAAAUAAGCAUUUUCAAAUCCCAGGUGAUGUGAGGAUUAUGUUAGCAGAAUACUGCCAGUACAGAGGCUGCAAACCACUUAGUCAAAUGGACUGAUUUGAAAUAAUCCGGGUCAUGCUCUGAAGUCAACAGAACAAAGACUCAAACGGGAUUUGAACUCAUUAACUAUUACAUCAUAAGUCAAUCAACUGACGGUCAAUUAAAUUCAGGGAUAACAUGAAAAUGAUCUGGAGAAGAUACAUGCCGGAUCCCAUAAUCGUCAAUUAUUUUAAUGAGUCAUUGUGCUGGUACUAGAGUACUACAUGAACAAGAACAUCCUGGAUGGCCACCAUGUGUGGUGUAAAAUGGCCCCUAGAGGGCAGCAAAGAAUACAACAAGCAAUCUGCAAACAUUUACAGUUUUAAUAGUCUUCUCUCUCUAUGGACAUUAAUGACAUUCAAUGAAAUGUCCUGUAGCUCAGUUGGUAGAGCAUGGCGCUUGUAACGCCAGGGUAGUGGGUUCGAUCCCCGGGACCACCCAUACGUAGAAUGUAUGCACACAUGACUGUAAGUCGCUUUGGAUAAAAGCGUCUGCUAAAUGGCAUAUAUUAUUAUAUUAUUAUUAUUAUAAAUGUAUAGCCAGGGAUCACAUUGGAAUUGUGUAGGUGGUGUAAAAGUAAGUCAUACUAUAUUUUCUAUACAUUCAAAAUGACAUUUCAAGAAAUAUCACUGACACUGGCGGUUUUGAGGUUGAACACUGCUUCUGUACCUGGAAACAAAGACCAUUGACCAGCAUCACAUCAAAAACAUGUUCACCACACAUCAUCUGAGUCAUUUGUAUUCUCAUGGAAAAACAACCAGAAAAGUCCACUUUACAGUGGAGUUCUGGAUAUGUUUUGAUUAUUUCUGUUCUCUGAUUCUAACUGCUAUGUUAUUUCUUUCCUAUUCUUUUCAUAGUACAUAUAUACAUAUUUUAUUGUCAACCUGGUUCAGUCAGAUUUUGCUGUACAAUGUGAUACUGCAACUUCGAUAAUUUCCACUAGAGGGCAGUUUUCAGGGGUAAAUAAUUAGUUUUUGACAAUUGCUGACACAUGAUUUCUGAAACUAUGGCUCCUUUUCUCUAGACUCUACACACAAAACCCCAAAACACACACACAACAUGCAAAACGUCACACAUCUCUUGCAAAACCAAAUACUUAAUUCAAAAUUAUUUUAACUCUUCUCAAAAUUGUGUUUUUCCAAUAAAACUCUACACACAAACCAGCAAAUGAUUAGCUCUUGUACACGCCAACUAUACACGGAUGUGACAAAUAUAAAACUAUACACUACAAUCUUGUGUCUUUUGCAUGUUCCGUGUGCAGUGGAGUCCACGGCAGUUUGUCAUAGCACUCACACGUAUGUGUGCACAAAUAUAUACAGUAUGUAUGCAUAUUCAGUAUAUAUUUACACUAUAAACAGAAAUGCAAGGGGGGAAAAAUAAAAUGUAUUUCUUUCUCAAAACAUUGUAUUUUCAUCAAGAUUUCAGGAUGAACAGUAACAGACAAAACAAAUACAGUAGAAGGUAAACAAAAGGCUUUUCCUUUUCCUCCUCCUCCUUGUCGUUGUCCUCGUCCCCCUCUUACUCUCACUCCUCUUCCUCUAACUCGUUCUCCAAAAUUGGCCUACAUUGUUGUCCAAACCAAGAAAGCCAACCUGAAGCCUAUUUAUAGUGCUCAAGCUCUGAUUUCUAAGUGAAGAAAUUAGCUAUGUGUUUUCACAUGUGAGCACUGGGUGUAGGUAAUCAGUAAAUGAGUGUGGUAUUUUGAAUGGCAGUGUUUUCCAAACGAAACACAAGACCUGUUAGUUUUGAAUGAUGUGUCCAAUGUAGAAAACUGUGUUUAGUUUUACAAUUGCAAACUGAGUGUAAAACAGAUAAUAUGCUUGCAGUUUUGCAGACUUGGUCUGAAGAUUAGGUACAUGAGGUAAUGGUUUCACUGAGUAUGCCUCACGUACCACUUAUAGUGUGUAAGCGAUUGUAAAAAACUGUAAUAUAUGUUUUAAACAAAUGCAUGGGAUUUGCUCUUGUUCUCUUGAUCACUAUAACCAUAUCAUCCCGUCUCAACACCCUGGUUCUAUGGCUAAAAUCUUAUCAUGUUUUGGAAACAAUAUGUUCGGUGGGUAAAGCCAAGACCUUCAAUGUGUCACGCCCUGGUCGAAGUAUUUUGUAUUUAUCUUCAUGUAUUGGGUCAGGCCAGGGUGUGGCAUGGGGUUUUUGUAUUGUGGUGUGUUUGUCUUGGGGUUUUGGUGGUAGUAUUGGGAUUGUAGCUUAGUGGGUUACCUAGCAAAGUCUAUGGCUGUCUGGAGUGGUUCUCAAUCAGAGGCAGUUGUUUAUCGUUGUCUCUGAUUGGGAACCAUAUUUAGGCAGCCAUAUUCUUUGAGUUUGUUGUGGGUGAUUGUCCUUAGUGUCUUUCUUCCUGUCGCUGUAUUAGUUGACAAGUAUAGGCUGUUUCAGUUUUCGUUACGUUUAUUGUUUUGUAGUGUUUGUGUUAUUUUGUGUUUACGUUUGUUUGAUUAAACAUGGAUCGCAAUCUACACGCUGCGUUUUGGUCCGACUCUCCUUCACCACACCUAGAAAACCGUUACAGAAUCACCCACCCUAAACGGACCAAGUAGCGUGUCAACAGGCAGGAGCAGCCCAAAGAGGAGAUGCGCAAAAAGGAUUUCUGGACAUGGGAGGAAAUCCUCGACGGGAGAGGACCCUGGGCUAAACCAGGGGAGUGUAGCCGCCCAAAGGUGCAGCAGGAGAAGAGGCAACAGGAGCAGCCCAAAGAGGAGGACGAACUGGACGGUAAAGGACCCUGGGCUCAGCCUGGAGAAUAUCGCCGCCCCAAGGAAGAACUGGGGACGGCGAGAGCGGAGAGGCGCCGGUAUGAGGAGGCAGCACGGCGACUCGGAGGGAAGCCUGAGAGUCAGCCCCAAAAAUGUAUUGUGGGGGGGGGGGCUCAGGGAGAGCGUGGCAGAGUCAGGAGUCAGACCUGAGCCAACUCUCCCUGAUUAUCGUGAGGAGCCAAGGAGGAGACCAUAACCAGAGCCGGUGUUGGAGGUGAGCGAAGCAGAGUCUGUGAAGGAGUUAAUGGGGAAAUUGGAGGAGAGAGAAAUGAGGGAGUUGCUGUGUUGGUGCUUUUUGCAUGGAAUUCGCCCGACGGAACGUGUCUGGGAUUUGAUGGCACCUGGGUCAGCGCUCCAUACUCGUCCUGAGGGGCGUGUUAGUCGGCUGGUGAAGUUGGUGCCAGCCUCACGCAUCAGGCCUCUUGUGCACAUCCCUAGCCUUGCACGUCCUGUGCCAGCACUGCUCUCAAGAUCUCCAGUACGCCUUCACGGUCUAGCCCAUCCUGUGCCACCUCCACACACCAGCCCUCCGGUAGCAGCUCCCCGCACCAGGCUUCCUGUGCGUGUCCUCGGUCCAGUACCACCAGUACCAGCACCAUGCAUCAAGCCUAAAGUGCGCCUCGCCUCUCCAGCGCUGUCGGAGCCUUUCUCCUCUCCUGCGCUGCCGGAGUCUCCCGCCUGUUCAGCGCAGCCAGAGCCUUCCUCCUCUACAGCGCUGCUGGAGUCUCCCGCCUGUUCAGCGCUGCCAGAGCUUUCCUCCUCUACAGCGCUGCUGGAGUCUCCUGCCUGUUCAGCGCAGCCAGAGCUGCCAGUCUGCAUGGAGCAGCCAGAGCUGUCAGUCUGCAUGGAGCAGCCAGAGCUGCCAGUCUGCAUGGAGCAGCCAGAGCUGCCAGUCUACAUGGAGCAGCCAGAGCUGCCAGUCUACAUGGAGCAGCCAGAGCUGUCAGCCUGCAUGGAGCAGCCAGAGCUGUCAGUCUGCAAGGUGCUGAAAGCCUGCAUGGAGCAGCCAGAGCUGCCAGCCUGCAUGGAGCAGUCAGAGCUGUCAGUCUGCAUGGAGCAGCCAGAGCUGACAGUCUGCAUGAAGCAGCCAGAGCUGUCAGUCUGCAUGAAGCAGCCAGAGCUGUCAGUCUGCAUGAAGCAGCCAGAGCUGUCAGUCUGCAAGGAGCUGUCAAUCUGCAAGGAGCUGCCAGUCUGCAAGGAGCUGCCAGUCUGCAAGGAGCUGCCAGUCUGCAAGGAGCUGCCAGUCUGCAAGAAGCUGCCAGUCUGCACGGAGCCGCCAGAGCUGCUAGUCUGUAAGAAGCCGCCAGAGCUGUCAGCCUACAGGGAGCAGCCAGAGCCGCCAGUCAGCGUGGAGCAGUCAGAGCCGCCAGUCAGCAUGGAGCAGCCAGAUCUUUCAGUCUGCCAGGAUCCGCCAGUCAACCAGACUCUUCCAGAUCCGCCAGUCAGCCGGGAUCUGCCAGAACUGCCAGUCGGCCAGGAUCUGCCAGUCAGCCAGGAUCUGCCAGUCAGCCAGGAUCUGCUGAAACCACCAGCCAGCCAGGAUCUGGUAGAUCUAUCUACCUGCCUGAGCUUCCUCUCACGCCUGAGCUUCCUCUCACGCCUGAGCUUCCUCUCACUCCUGAGCUUCCUCUCACUCCCGAGCUUUCUCUCACUCCCGAGCUUUCUCUCACUCCCGAGCUUUCUCUCACUCCCGAGCUUUCUCUCACUCCCGAGCUUUCCCUCAGUCCCGAGCUGCCUCAGUCCCGAUCUGCUCUUCAGUCCAGUGGGUUUCUGGGUGAGGACUACUAGGCCAUGGUCGGCGGCGAGGGUGGACUAUCCAGGGACGCGAGGAGAGGGGACUAAGACAUUGACUGAGUGGGGUCCACGUCCCGCGCCGGAGCCGCCACCAUGGACAGACGCCCACCCGGACCCUCCCUAUUGUUUUGAGGUGCGUUCGGGAGUCCGCACCUUAGGGGGGGGGGUUCUGUCACGCCCUGGUCGAAGUAUUUUGUAUUUAUCUUCAUGUAUUGGGUCAGGCCAGGGUGUGGCAUGGGGUUUUUGUAUUGUGGUGUGUUUGUCUUGGGGUUUUGGUGGUGGUAUUGGGAUUGUAGCUUAGUGGGUUAUCUAGCAAAGUCUAUGGCUGUCUGGAGUGGUUCUCAAUCAGAGGCAGGUGUUUAUC